GUUUUGUGUAUUGUAUUUGUUAAUAAGGUAUUACAGUUGAAUGACAAUUUAGUACAUGGUAAAGAAAACGGGGUUUUAGCAGCACAGCAUGACUCAUUACAUGAUACCAUCUUGCACAUUUUGGAUUUUCCUCUGAUGGACUCCACAGGUGGGGCUGGAGCACACACAAUAUAUAAAAAGGAGGGGUUACACAUAUCAGACUCCAGAAGCCUUUGAAGACAAGAAAGGUCCUGUGUUCCUUUGACCCAGAGCCAAAAGAGUCAAGGAAGAAAAUUCUUGUGUAAUCAUGAACUGCAAGAUUGUCUUGGCUGUCUUCCUGAUCUCAGUAGCUUUGAAUGAAGGCAUGGCCUUAGCACAGAUUGGGAACGAGCUCCGAUGCCAGUGCAUAAACACUCAUUCCAAGUUCAUCCCCCGCAAAUGGAUUCAGGAUGUGAAGCUGAUCCAAAGUGGGCCUCACUGCCAGAAUGUUGAAGUCAUUGCUACUCUUACAGAUGGCAGAGAAGUGUGUUUGGAACCCACUGCUCCCUGGGUGAUGCGCCUUGUCCAGGAUAUUUUGAACAAGGCUUAA